GCGUUGAAUAAUGGAGCCCAGAGAUCUGACGAAAGGCCCGGAUGUGACGGUGGCGGAGCGCAUCCUGGCCUCGGUGGUCGAGAUCAUAGAGAGGAGCUGUGACUCUGAAGCACAGGCUCUUCGUGUGCAGAGGGCGCAUCGCUCUGACCUCACCUGCUAUGCAAGCUACAUCCAAGUCCUAGAGCGCUACCAACGGAACUGCUUUGACUGGACCGACCCCAAGUAUCAGGCGGCUAAGGACUACUUGUACCUGUUUGUCAGCCUGUGUGAGGAGGGAAUUCCUCUGGACCGGAGUACUAUUAUCUAUAUGUAGCGACAGAGCGCACUUCAUCACACACACACGCUUGUCAUUUUGACCGCAGAAUCCUGACGGC